GAAGCUUUCCCCGCAUCCAUAUAAGAUUAAAAUAGGGUGGGAGAUAUUAGUGUUAGUCAUUCCAUAUUUAAUGAUUGGUGUACAUGUAUUUUAUUACAAGAUUGAGAUUGGGAAUUGGUGCCCAUCUCUGUGAUUGCUUUUAAAAAACUGUGGAACUCAUUGUCCACGUGUUGGCAUAGAAGAGAAGCAGGAGUCUUCUUGGUGAGUUCCUUCCAUAACCUUUCCAAAUACAAACAUGUCCACCACGAUCAUUUCUGUCUCAGUUUUUCCAUAGGAUCAUUUCCCAUUAAUCUAUAUAUUAUAUCCUUUUUCCUGUAGAAAAAACCAGGGGCUGCCUCCUAUAUCAUCUUUCAUCAGUGCUCUCAACUAAAACCUCGCAUUUUCCCAUGUAAAAUACCCUGAAAUUUAUUUGCUUGGACCGACAAAGGAUUGAAAUGCUGCCAUUAAUAAAGGCGACAACCCUUUGAUUCCCCUCUGAUCUUUGCACAUAACUGUCUCUCUCUCUCCCUCUCCCUCCAUAGGCCAUCUCUUUUUUUACUCUUCUUACUAUUUGUGGUUGCAGGAACAGUGAACCUUAGCACCUCAUAAUAUAAUGCUUGUCAUACCCUUGAUUUGCACUAUAUCCCCUUCUAUCUUCCACAGGCUACUUUGAUUUGCCUAUAAACUCUUCCAUUCUGUGGCUUUUCUUUAAGCUAUUAGCUUUUCUUGAUCUUCCGCCUACAUUUUAUUGAAUCAUCAGUAUUCUUUUCUGUAUCAAAUAAGUAAACUCGUCUCCUUAAUUCUCUUUAUUAUAGCUUGAUAUGGAUUAUCAGCCUAAUACUUCUCUUCGUUUAAGCCUAUCCAACAAUCAACCCAACCUAGAGCUUGUGCUUGAACCAUCAUCGUCUUCCUUGUCGCCCCACAGUCCAGCUGCUCCUCGAAUUUUCUCUUGUAACUACUGCAAAAGAAAGUUCUAUAGCUCACAAGCACUUGGAGGCCACCAAAAUGCCCACAAACUAGAAAGGACUCUUGCCAAGAAAAGCAGAGAGCUAAGCUCAGUUGUCAGGGCACAUGGGGGAUCCAGUAUCAGUGGUUCGAGUCAUGACCAACGUAUCCAGUCACCAAUGGCCACGUUUGAACAACAUGGUCGAGCUGGCAGGUUUACUGGAGAAAUGAGCUAUGGAAGAACAGACGUGAACUACAGCUCCAUGGGAUACAGAAAUGAGAAUGUUGAAGAUGAGUUUAGUCAGCUUGACUUAUCCUUAAGGCUUUGACAUUUAAGUUGCACUGUAAUUCAUUUGAAUUUGUAUUUUCAUGUUAUUCUUAUUAUACGCUUAUAUGUUUGAAAUGCCAAAUUAUUCUUAAUAGAAAAAAAAAAAAAGAAAAAGAAAAAAAGAAAGUCUGAGGCAUGCAUGUGAACAUUUUUAUUAGAAAAUAA